AAAGCGGAGAGAAUUGUAACCCCUCAAACCAGUUGCAACUAAUUAUUCGCCAAGCCAGGAUGAAAUCGUUAUUCCAAACGCUAGCUGUAUUAUUUGCCAUCAGCGUAGUACAAAUCUACGGAGUAUGCAAUAUAGGAUUUGGGAAGCACCCGCCGACUGGCGUUAAGCUACACACCUUGCAUGCCCGUAAUGGGCCGGUGGCCGAGCCGAAAAACAUGUCACUGGUGUUUGAUUACGCCGUUAGCCCAGUGGAAAACGUUGAGAUAAGCUACGUCGACAUCACAACUUCGCUGGAGGGUGGCUGUACAUUUUCACAUCCUGCAGAUGGAAGUAUAACGAAAGGAUUCAAGAUCACUGUUAGUACCCAUGCACCGGUGCUAGAGAUGAGCGGUACGGCUACUGUAUAUGGGAUGCGCUAUGGAAAUUGGUGAAAAUUGGUUCAUACAAAUAAGUUUGAAAUAACUGAUUAGGUGUGUUUGAAAUUGUGAUAUAGGAAAAUUAAUUUAAAAAAAAAUGUUGCAAAUUAAACUGGCA